ACAGCCGGCUUUCACUUGUUGUUGUUUGCGAUUUACGUAACAAUUGUUAUUUGUUGUGAAUUAAAUCAGUAAUUAACCGAAUUAAAAUGUUGAUGAGGCAGUGUUUAAUGACCCUGCGGGUCGCCAGAUCCCAGAUGCUGGUGCAGUCAACCGGAAAGCCCCAAAGCCACAUUAUGCAGCGCUUGUACAGCAGCAACCCGCCGGCAAUUGGUAUUGUGGACUACGAUGUGGUCAAGAAACUGGCCAGUGAGCCACAGAAGCUUCUCAUCGAUGUCAGGGAGCCGGAGGAGCUGAGGGAGACCGGCCAAAUCCCCGCCAGCAUCAACAUUCCCUUGGGAGUGGUUAGCCAGGAGCUGGCGGCCAGUGAGCAGCUCUUCAAAUCGAAAUAUGGCCGGGAAAAGCCGAAACCGGAUACGGAAAUCAUCUUCCACUGCAAGAUUGGCAAGAGGAGCCUCAAGGCCGCAGAAGCUGCAGCUGCUCUGGGUUACAAGAACCUUAAAAACUACGAGGGAUCCUGGCUAGAUUGGGCCGAACGUGAGGGUCUGCCCAAGUAGAUGAUGAUACCCCAGUCUAACUUUAAAAGUAAAAACAUUGCAUACGUUUUGGCAAGUCAUAAAUAACAUUUAUUAAAUACUACUCAGUAGCAUAUUCUAAUUUAA